GCAACCCGCCUCUAAGAAGGACUAUCGGCCUACGACCUGUAACCGCAAUGGCCUCUCCAGCCGUCCCGGGUUUAUUAUUUUGCUUCGCUGCAGCGGUGCUGCUUAUAUUUGUAUCCGUAUCUGCGCCGACAUGGGAAAGUAUCUCUUUCUUGAAUGUCCGCACUGGCGGUUCCGAGAUUCACUUUGGUGUAUUCGGAUUUACUGGUUCUGGGACGCAUAUUGGUUAUUCCUUCCCUUCCAACCUCGGGACGAAUAACAAUUUGAAUACCAAUACCUUGCAUAAUCUUACGGAGGCACUUAUACUGCACCCUAUUGCGGCAGCGCUUUCUGGUCUUGCCGUUCUUUUUGGGCUCUGUGGCGCCGCAUACCACCGCUCUGGUACCAUUCUCAUGGCCCUCGCCGCGCUUCUUGCAUUUUUAGUCACACUUGUAGUGUGGAUCAUAGACAUGGUCCUCUUCGGCAUUGUACGCAACCGGAUUCGUGACGCAGCGAACUCAGAUAGCGCUGCGCAAUACGGGAACGCCAACUGGAUGACGCUUGGAGCUCUCGUCGCACUUGCCCUUGCAUUCUGCGCCGGCACGUGUGGCGGUAUCUUUGGGAGGUACAGGCAUUAUUCGAGCCGUGUGUAGAUUACUGCCGAACUUCUCCUUUGCAUACCUUUGAAUACCCUUCUUUUGCUUGGCCUCUCAAACCAUCGCGUCACGACUGUGCCUGACUCUGAUGCUUCGAACUGGAACGCUAAUCCCUUUAAAUGUACCUUUAAUCUGUCCACCACCAUCUUUAUGUUUAUCUAGCUGUAACCCACCACUGAUGAACGAGACUUUAAAUUUAAGUUUAC